CACAGUCAAGGAAUCGGAAACAAGGCAGCCUUGUGAGGGGAAACGAGGAGGCUUUGUGCUGGUGCAUGCAGGCAAUUGAGAAGCUGCAGGCUGGUGCUCUUGCGACAGAUGCAGUGACUGCAGCUCUGGUGGAGCUCGAGGUGUAUACACACCGUUACACUUCAUGGAGUUGCAUCCAGCCAAGUCUCUGUGUUCUUCUUGUGAAGAGGCAGAAAAUCACCUCUCCCAAGAAUUUCCAUCUUCUGGCCAAGGGAACUGUGUCCUGAAGAGCUGUACACAGACGGGAGGCACCUUGUUUGCUUGUUCUGCUGCUAGAGCUUUGAUUUAAUUAGAAGACAGGCUGUGGGUGGCCCUGUGCAGACAAAGAAGCAUCAGACAGAGCCCACUUAGUCUGGGACGGUCAAAGAUUCUCCAUUUACAAAUGCAGGAAUGGGAUCUAAUCUGAAUCUCUUAGGAGAAAUCGAGUGUGAUGCCAGCAUAAUGGAUGGGAAAUCCUUGAAUUUCGGAGCAGUUGGAGCACUGAGUGGAAUCAAGAAUCCAGUCUCAGUUGCAAACAGACUCUUGUGUGAAGGGCAGAAGGGCAAGCUCUCUGCAGGCAGGAUUCCUCCCUGCUUUUUAGUUGGAGAAGGAGCCUACAGAUGGGCAGUGGAUCAUGGGAUACCCUCUUGCCCUCCUAGCAUCAUGACCACAAGAUUCAGCUUAGCUGCAUUUAAAAGGAACAAGAGAAAAUUAGAACUGGCAGAAAGGGUGGAAACAGACUUCAUCCAGCUAAAGAAAAGAAGACAAUCAAGUGCAAAGGAAAAUGACUCAGGCACCUUGGACACAGUGGGUGCUGUGGUGGUCGAUCAUGAAGGGAAUGUUGCUGCUGCUGUCUCCAGUGGAGGCUUGGCCUUGAAACAUCCAGGGAGAGUUGGGCAGGCUGCUCUUUAUGGAUGUGGCUGCUGGGCUGAAAAUACUGGAGCUCAUAACCCCUACUCCACAGCUGUGAGUACCUCAGGAUGUGGAGAACAUCUUGUGCGCACCAUACUGGCUAGAGAAUGUUCACACGCUUUACAAGCUGAAGAUGCUCACCAAGCUCUGUUGGAGACUAUGCAAAACAAGUUCAUCAGUUCACCUUUCCUUGCCAGUGAGGAUGGCGUGCUCGGUGGAGUGAUCGUUCUCCGGUCAUGCAGAUGUUCUUCAGAGUCUGACUCCUCCCCAAAUAAGCAGACGCUUCUAGUGGAAUUUCUGUGGAGCCACACUACAGAGAGCAUGUGCGUAGGAUAUAUGUCAGCCCAGGAUGGAAAAGCCAAGACUCACAUUUCAAGACUCCCUCCUGGUGCUGUGGCAGGACAGUCGGUUGCCAUUGAAGGUGGAGUGUGCCGCCUGGAGAGCCCAGUGAACUGACUCCGGGCUGAAUGUGAAAUGUCUGAGAGGCAUUUCAAAACCUGAGCUUUGGACUAUUUAAUUGAACUUGGGUGUUUUAUCUUCCUUGUUUUGUAAUUCCUAUUGCAACCUCGGACACUGCUUGGGACACAAGUGCUGCUAUACUUAGUGCUGGCUGACACUCAAGUCUUCGAUGGGUGAACGGGAGCAUGUGUGGGUGUGUAUCUGUGUGCAGUUUGUGUGCUUGCUUCUCCCUGAUGGGAUAGGAUCUCCUCAAGUGUAACCUAUGACUGAGAAUGAUCAAAUCUUUACAAAAUGUGUGCUUUAACUGUUUACAGGUAAAACCUAAAGUUGUAGAAAACUUUAAUUUCAUAAAAAGGAAUCAACUGUGGUUGAUACAUUGUGUCUGAACUGAAGAGUGAAUCUCCUUGUUUAAAUGACUUGACCUUCAUUGCGGUCCAUUUAAUAAGAGUAAUCAAUAAUAUGGUGUCAGUUUAAGUGGUUGGUGUGGUAACUUAAACUGUGUUCUCAUCCCUCAUACAGGGCAUUUUUCCUUGAACAAAGAAUGGUUUCAGUGAAACAGUCUAGUGGAGAAUUAAGGUCAGAACCUUUUAAAGUAAUAGUCUUAUUGAUAAAGUUUGUGCUUCUUUCCUGAGCUAUUUGAAGCUUAAGUAUUGCAUAGCUUUGCGCCGUGUGUACUGUAUUAUGAAAGGAUAUGUAAAGAGAAUGUUCAGUAAUGCACAGUCUUAAUUUGUGUAUAAUGGAAUGUUAUUUACAAUGUAACACUGUAAAUAAGAAAGCAAAGUUUAUGGGGAAAAUUCAAUAUCUUUGUUUCUUGUUUAAAUAUAUUUUUAAGAUAAAGGUACAAAAAUAAAAGCAUAUUA